AGCGGCGGGAGCGGCGGGAGCGGAGCAUGGCAGCGCUGGCGGCCGCCUCCCCCGGCGGGGACGAGUGUCUGGAGGAGGAUGAGGAUGAGCUGGAGCCGGGGCUGGACGAGGCGGAGGCCGAGCCCGAGGUCGGGAGCGGCGCGAAGGCGGCGGGGGGGCCCCGGGGCGCCGUCCUGACCCGCAGGGGGAUCACCCUGAGGGUCCUGCUCCGAGACGGGCUCCUGGAGCCGGGCAGGGGCGUCCUGUCCAUCUACUACCUGGGCAAGAAGUUCGUGGGGGACCUGGGCUCGGACGGGACGAUCACCUGGCAGGAGACGGGGCAGGUGUUCAACUCGCCGAGCGCUUGGGCCACGCACUGCAAGCGCCUGGUGAACCCCGCCAAGAAGUCGGGCUGCGGCUGGGCGUCCGUGCGCUACAAGGGCCAGAAGCUGGACCAGUACAAAGCCGCGUGGCUGCGCAAGCACCAGCCCAACGUGCCGCCCCCCGAGGAGGUGGGAGCGGGGUCGCCUCCCCCCGGCACCCCCAGGGUGCGGGGCGAGCCGGGUGCCAGCCCCGUGUGCCCGCAGAGCUUGGCCAGCGAGGGCGAGGAGGAGGAGCUGCCCGAGGAGGAGGAGGAGGAGGCGGCCAGGGAGGGCCGGGUGCCGCUGCCGGAGCCCGCGGCUCCCAAAAAACCGGAGGAGAGGAGCAAGAAGCAGCAGGGCAAGAGCCCGGCGGAGCCGGCGGGGACGGAUCCCGGCAGCGCAGGGAAAAGGCUGGAGGUGAAACCCCGGGUGCCCGUCCGCUACUGCACCCUGGGCACCCGCGACUCGGCCAGGAACCCCCAGACCCUGGUGGAGGUGACGUCCUUCGCGGCCAUCAACAAAUUCCAGCCCUUCAACGUGGCCAUCUCCAGCAACGUCCUCCUGCUGCUGGAUUUCCACAGCCACCUGACGCGGAGCGAAGUGGUGGGGUACCUGGGGGGGCGGUGGGACACCAACACGCAGCUGCUCACGGUGCUCCGAGCCUUCCCGUGCCGGACCCGCCUGGGGGACGCGGAAGCGGCGGGCGCUGUGGAGGAGGAGAUCUGCCAGAGCCUGUUCCUGCGGGGGCUGUCGCUGGUGGGGUGGUACCACAGCCACCCCUUCGGGCCCGCGCUGCCCUCGCUGCACGACAUCGACGCGCAGAUGGAUUAUCAGCUCAAGCUGCAGGGCAGCGGCAACGGCUUCCAGCCCUGCCUGGGGCUCAUCUGCGGGCCCUUCUACCACGGCAAUCCCGGUGUGGAAUCCAAAAUCGCUCCCUUCUGGGUGAUGCCACCGCCGGAGCAACGCCCCAAUGACUACGGGAUCCCCAUGGACGUGGAGGUCACCUACAUCCAGGACGGGUUCCUCACCAACGACGUGGUGCAGGAGAUGACGCUGCUGGUGGAGUUCUACAGGGGAGCCCCGGACCUGGUGAAGUUCCAGGAGCUGUGGAGUCAGGACCAGACCUACCUGGACAAGCUGAAGGGCUCGCUGGCCUCCCGCACCCCCAAGGACCAGAGCUUCACGCACGUCCUGGAGCAGAUCUUCAGCCUCCUCAAGCUCAGCGGGUGAGGGCCCGGGGCUGGCCCGGCCCUGGUGCCUCCCACAGCCCCGGGGCUCACCCGGGACAGCCCCGGGACAGCUCCAGGUCCCGCCG